GAGACGCGAGCUUCAGAAUCAGCGGGAGAAGAGCCGGAAGGAGGACCACAGUUUACUGGAAGAGGAGGAGGAGGAGGAGCAGCACAGCUUCGCCAUCUACAUCAUCAACAAUGCCGGUGAUAUCCAUGAUUUCUACGAUGUGGAGGAGGAGAAGAUCGGCGAGGGCUCCUUUGGACGUGUGGUAAAGUGCACCAACCUCUCCACUGGCGCAGAGCGGGCAGUGAAGAUGCUGCGGAAGGUCAGAAGGAAGUCCCAGCUCGUGAUGUUCCAGAACGAGCUCUCCACGCUGAAGAUGCUGGAUCAUCCUCAUAUCGUCAAGCUGUAUGAGCACUUCGAGGAUCGGAAGUUCAUGUACAUCGUCAUGGAGUACUGCAAGGGCGGGGAGCUCUUCGACCGGUUGCUGGAAGCGGGCCACUUCACCGAAGGCCAAGCGGCAAUUAUCAUGCAGCAGAUCUUCCGUGGGGUGUACUACUUGCACACCAUGAAGGUUGUCCACCGAGACCUGAAGAUCGAGAACUUCAUGUUCGCGGGCGACGGUCCCAUCGAGGCCAACAUGAUCAAGAUCAUCGACUUCGGUUUCGCCAGAUCCUUCAAGGAGGGCGAG